UUUCUAAUCAACAUUGCCAAGAUGUAAAUUCCAUAUCGUUAUCAUAAAUAGAAGAAACAAGAAAUUAUAAUCACAUUUUAUGAUUACUGAAAACUACUUUCUUAUUCUUCUUGUCUACUGUAUACCCUUUUGAAAAUACUUUAUGCAGAUUAGUUAAACAUAAGUAAGAGGUAAGCCACCCUGGAAAUUUUUAAUUUUUUGAGAACUCUUUGACAGAGAUAUGUUUCUUUUAUCCUUCAAAGUCCAACCUCUAUUUCUUAAUAAGUAAUGGUGACAAACAACCAAGAAUCUAGCGCUUUUGCUUCUUAUAACAUUCAUUACCUCAGGUGAAGAAGAAAAGGAGAGGAAAAGGGGAAGAAAGUUAGUGGGGGAAGAAAAGAAGAGCAAGUGGGGUUAAUAGGGUCAGUCUUUCACUGAAAACCAGGGAACAAUAAUCAUAGUUUUUCUUCCAUUCUAUUAAAAAUACAGCACAUUUCUAACUGAAUUUGCUUUAUCAUGCACGUGUUGAUUCAUGCUUUAGGCAUUCAUUAUCAGUAGCCGUUUGUAUAACAGUAGUCAUGCUGUUUGUGUGAUUCUCAAUUGAAACACUGCUCUACCUAAGCUACAAUUUGUUUUCUCAAGUAGGUUGUGUUGUCUUGUUUGAGUUAAAGAAGUCUUAAACCGGUUGUUUAUCUAUAUUUUGUAUUGCUCUAGUCUUGGAUCAGGUAAACUAAUGAUUAGUAGUUUCUGUGCACCUAUAGUUGUAAUGAAUAUUUUUGUUUCCUCAAUUAUUGAGCUGUUCAUUUGUGGAACCAUGUGUAUUAAGCAUAUUUGUUGCUCAAAUUAUUGAAAAGUUUUUGCUACAUCAGCUUAAUGUAGGCUCUUUUUCUCUUUUCAAUUUAUUGACGUGAAUUCUUCAAGCUUUUAGCAGAAAACUAUGAAUUUCAGUUUUGUUUAGUGUAUUCUAACUCUUAAUUCCCUUUGCAAAGGAAAAGAAGCAAAGUCUUGAAUAAUGGAUGAGAAGCAAAUCUCCGGUUUAUGUUCAGCCGAAUUUGAAAAGAGGAGUGAUACCUUGUAUCCAAUGUGUUUUGGUGUUUCUUGUGCAUUCUUUGCCCUCCAACUAUUGUCAAGACCUGAAUCGGAAGGUGAAAGAUGGUCCAAAGUAUGUGAUAAAAUGCUUCAAGGAAGUGCCCAGCUGCUGGGGUUGCUUGUGUGGAAGGCCCAGAGAGAAGGAGCCAGUGAACGAAAGUGUGAGCUUCUCUAUAAACUUGAAACUGCUGAGAGAGAGACGGAAGAGUUGAAAAAACUCAGACGUGAAGAUGCAAGAGCCACUGAGAAAGUUGUGAGUAUCUUUGCUACAAAAGAGCAGAGCUGGUUGAAUGAAAGGAAGAUGCUCAGGCAGCAGAUUGGGGCUCUUUUGAAUGGAUUGAGAGUUGUUGAGAAAAAAAAGGAUCAUGCUGUUUCUGAAUUGAAUGAAAAGUUGAAGGAAAUGGAGAUUAUGGUGCAGCAUAAGGAUAAGGAGUUGGAGGAAGAGAAGCAGAAUAAGAGUGAAUUAGAAGAAAAGCUAAAAGAAGCUGAAAAUGUCAUCAAAGAAUUGAGAGAAACUGCAACGCUUGAAGCCCAAGAGCAUUCUUCUGAGCUAUGGAAGCACAAAUCUGCCUUCAUUGAAGUUGUAUCAAACCAACGGCAACUUGAAGCUGGAAUGGGCCGCGCACUUAGGAAAAUUGAAGCUACAAAACAAGAACUUGAAGUAGUAUUAGAGCGAAAGGAGGAGGCAGACUUGAUGGUUCAAAAACUAUCAAUGGAGAUGGUAAAAAUGCAUAAGGAUUUGGAGCAAAAAGAAAAAAUUCUGUCAGCAAUGCUUAGGAAGAACAAGCUGGAUACGACAGAGAAACACUUGCUUUUAAAGGAGGUUAAACAAUUGAAGGCUAAGAGAAAGCAAGCUGAAAUAGAAACUGAAAGGUGGAGGGCAGUAUCAGAGUCUAGACAUGAGAGGCAUUCAUUAAGAAGUAUGUUGACUAACCAAGUAAAUUCAAAAUUGGACUUUUACACAGGGGCAAGAGGGGUGCAUCAACAUGCAACAGGAUCAUCACACAUUGGAAAGACAAGAUCACAGCCAACUGAUCUUGUUCUUGAGUAUGGGCAUAUUGGACUUAAAAAGGACAGAAAGGAGCCAGAACUUUCUCCAAUCUCUGACUGCUACUCACUGGAAGGAAAUGAGGCAUUGGCUAUGACAGCUGAUGUUAAGCAAUUGGAAAGUUGGGUACUGUCAGAAGCUGAGAAGUAUGCAACUUUAAUUGAGCAAAGGCAUCACUUAGAACUAGAUGCUUUUGCAGAACAAAUGAGAAUCAAAGAUGAGAAAUUAGAAACAUUUCGUUGGCAGUUGAUGAGCAUGGAACUAGAAUCAAAGCGGCUGCAGUCCCAUAUUGAGGGAAUGAAUGAGGAUAUGUCACAGCUCAGACAUGAUAAUAUGAAAUUGGAAGCCUUGUUAUUGGAGAGAGAAGAAGAAUUAACUUCCUUAAAAGAGCAACUAGCAUCACAAUUGAAGGCCCUAUAUUGCCAAAAUACUAAUUUAAAUUGUUCUGUACAUAGUCCAGUAAUAGCCCAUGAGGCCAUUGGCUCUGAAGUUAUCAAUAAGAGAAAACAGAAUGAGAGAGAGCAAGAAACAAGGACUCCAAAUUCGGAGGAUUUGUGUCAAGAGGAAGAUGCUGAGAAAGAAGAAGGAAGCUCAUCCUUUAACCAGUCCAAGGAUGUAGGUUUAAUAGCCCAUUCUCCUGAAAACGAGUUAGAAGAUGAUAAGGAAAUUGCCAAAGAGCGUCCUGUAAAAGAGGGAAGAACAAGUCCAGUGGAUAUUGGUGUUACUGAAAAGCUGGCAUCAUCUAGUCAGCCCUUGAAUAAGACAAACAAUUCUCUUUGGAGGAUGGAUCUUCAUGCUCUUCAAGUUUCUUAUAAGAUCAAAAGGCUGAAGCAGCAACUUCUAAUGCUUGCGAGACUGACAGGGAAGCAAGAAAGCCUUGAAGAUACAAAAAGCAAUGAUAAUGGGCAAAUUGGGAUCAAGAGUUUCCUUGCAUUGAUGUCUUUGCUGAAUAAACAAGUUGGCAGGUACCAGUCCUUUCAAGAGAAGGCAGAUGACCUUUCCAAACGCAUGCAUGAGCAUAAUCUAAAUGCGAGUGGUGGAGAUUCUAGUACAGCAAGACCAAAGGAAGAAACUAAAGCACUACAAAAAUUCCUAGACGAAACAUUUCAGCUGCAGAGACAUAUAGUUGCAACAGGACAGAAAUGGGUGGAAAUUCAAUCCAAGAUUGCUUCUGGAUUUGUUGGGGUCACUGAAGAAAUAAAUAAGACUGCCAGCUUUGACAUGAAACGCUUUGCUGACAGUGUCAGAACUCUCUUUCAGGAAGUUCAAAGGGGCCUUGAGGUUCGGAUAGCUCGAAUUAUUGGAGAUCUUGAGGGGACAUUGACUUGUGAGGGGAUGAUACAUUUAAGGAGGUAGUGAGGAGAGCUAAAAAAAAUUAAAGAUGAGGCUUAAUACAUAUUAGAUAGUCUUGCAGUUUGUAAGUGUUUCUACUGAUAACUAUAUAGUUGAAUUUGUAUAGUGAAAAAACACAAUAAUUUUAAUGCUAUAGAAAUGAUGUUGAAUAAUUGUUCUUUA